UGCAACUGACUACUAUUUUUUUUUCAAGCGGUAGACAAAAAACUGAGAGCAACAUAUAAUGAAUUUCAUACUAUUACUUAUUAAUAUUUAAUAUUGUAGAAAUGAUAAAGACAAAUAUGGCCAAUUAUGCGUGCAAAAUGUCACAGAAAUUUACAGUUUUGGCAUUUUGAUUAAACGUUACCUACAGAAACAGUCGUUGACUGUUAUGUAACGAUAAACAAAAUUGUUUUGUGGCGCCGUCACAAGCAGGAUUUUAAAGUUCAUCAUUUGUAACAGAAAAACAAAGUCAUCUUUCUUCUUCUGUGUUGAUAUUUAAGUGGCGUAUCAAUAUUUGUUAUGAGUGCUAAGAUGGUUCAACUCUUAGAUCGCGUCGCUUAAACAGGAGGUUUAAACAGAACAAUAAUGAAACUAAACAUUUCCUUUUGCGUUUUCUUUUCCAUGUUUUUACACCCAGUAAUUGGACCAACAAUGACACAGUCAGCAAUUACUUCUCCAUUGUCAAACAUUAACACAAGUGAUGUUGGAAAAACGAGUCAUAUGUCGACAAAUAUUACAAGUCAUGACUUAAAGAUCUUAACAUCAUCCAUUCAAAUUACACCUUCUGUACUACCUACAAUGACACAGACCAGAUAUUAUGGAUAUAAUUCGACAGCAUUUACUUCACCAAUGUCAACCAAAAGCACAACAACAACAAGAACUAUUCAGACCACACAAUAUAGACUUAAUUCAACAGCACCUACUGUUUUUUUUUCACUGAAAAUCAACACAACUAAAACAACAACCAUACAAACCAUGCCUUAUGGAUAUAAUUUAACAGGUUUCUGUUUGAACGAGACUAUCGGUACAGAGGAAGCAUACGGAAUAUUUAGAUGGCCAAACAGUCUUGUUAGAAACACGAGCUAUAAGAUUUCUUGUCCUUAUAAUUCCAAAUCAUACGCGACCCGUAAAUGUCGGCAGACUAAUGAAACUAGAACAGGAGGUGCUUGGGGUCCUAUUGACGUUGGAAGAUGUGAAUUCAAGAGUCGCAGAAGUAAAAAUUUAUUUAUUUUAACACAGACUGAUGUGAAUUCAAGUAAUAUUGUGGAGGUAAGUCGAAAAUUAUCAAAACAGGUGAAACAAGGACGAACAUUGACAGCAGGUGACAUUGGUUCGACAGCAACUGUUUUGGAAAAAAUUGUUGUGGUCAGGAAGAAAUUUAAUGAGAUUUCCGAAGAUAUUUUUACGACAGUUGAUAACAUCCUUGAUGCAAGCUCAGAAAACAUUUUUCAAAGUCAACAAAAAACCAACUCGUCGUCAAGAAUACUUGAUGUUUUGAACAAUUUAGCUGAAAACAUACAAUUCGAAGGAAACAAUUUAACAAGAGUGAAAAAAAACUACGCGAUUAAUCUACAGAUUGUACAUCCACAAAAUUUUAAUGGACUGUCAUUCUCUGGUACAGUAAAACAAUCUCAAGAAAGCUUACCGUUAAUGCGAAUUAGCAUCGCACUUAAUCUUAGUGCAAGAAUUCCACCAGAUACAACAGCCUCGUUGAGCAUACCAAAAAGUUUAUUUGAGGAAUCCACAAUCAAUAAUAAUAAUAUGAAAAAUCGGAAAGCCAUUUUUGCAUUUUACAAAGAAACAAAGUUUUUUACGACCUCAAUAUUUCAAGAAAGAAGUCUAUUUGGGCGUUUAAAUAGUUUGGUAAUAGCAGGAAGUAUUAAAGGUUUGACUAUCAGAAAUUUAGAGACACCAGUAGAAAUUGCCUUGAAAGAAAUUGAACCUGGAAACACGACCAGUGCCAAAUGCUCAUUUUGGGAUUUUAAACUGAGCAAUUGGUCUCAAGAAGGUUGCAGUUUUAUAAGAACUCUAGAAGAUGGUAGAAUACUUUGCAGUUGUGAUCAUCUUACAAAUUUCGCAAUGCUAAUGGAUAUUUAUCCUGAGAAGACACAUGAUCUGGCUCUUUCCAUCGUAAGUUACAUUGGAUGCGCACUUUCGUUGAUUGGAUUAAUUCUUACAAUAAUUGUGGUUCUCAUGUUGAGAGAACUGCGUAAUCUUGUACCCAACCAAAUCUUGGUAAAUUUCUGCAUCGCCUUAUCGUUAACGUUAAUUGUGUUCUUGGCUGCAGGAGAGAGAUCACGAACAGCAUCAUUUGUUGCUUGUAGAGUGGCUGCAAUAGCACUUCACUACUUUCUGUUGGCAGCAUUAUUUUGGAUGACCGUUGAAGCAUUUAAUAUGUAUUUGGCAUUCGUUAAAGUUUUUUCUAUUUCUAACCCCUCCUGCUUCAUAAAGAGGUGUUUCAUUUUUGCUUGGGGUUGUCCUUUAGCGAUUGUCAUAAUAACCGUGGCAACUUCAUUGGAUCAAUAUGGCGACAACACAUUUUGUCGACUGAAAGGUGUUCCAUUCAUCAUUGGCUUUUUCACUCCAACCGUUAUCAUAAUCUUUUUUAAUCUUGUCGCAUUCUUAUGCAUCAUCAGAUCGUUAUAUAAUUCUGGUAAUAACGUGACCUCUAAUCAAAAAAUCUCUGGUUUUACACGAGCUCGUCAAGGUAUUGCUAUCAUGGUACUUCUUGGUCUCACAUGGAUUUUUGGAAUUCUUGCUAUAGAUGAUGCAAAGCGAGUGUUUCAAUAUCUCUUUGCCAUAUUUAAUACCCUGCAAGGAUUCUUUGUCUUUUUAUUUUUGUUAUUUUUCCUUCUGGAACGCGAAAUCAUUUACGUCAAUUUAUACGAAAAAAGACAAAGGAAAAGGCAAGUCGUAAAGAACACAGGGUUGAAGCGACGAACACAGGAAAUAAUGUCAAUAACUUAGAGAACACGAUUAAUUCUUCAACACCAAACACGAAAGUUGGGAAACACAAUCUUAACAGUGAGGAUAAUUCUUCACCAGCAAAAGCGAAAACUGACCAACAAGUGCAAGUUACAUUGGCUAUUGGUAGCUCAAGCAGGAUUCGGUUAGUCCAGGCAGCAAGUUUCUUGACAAGCGUGAAAUUUUACCAAAACAGCGUUGAAUCCAGGAAGAGCUCCUAAUGAUGUCUUCUUCAACACGUCACAGUGUCAAGCACAGCGGAUGCAACUACUACCGUACAACGAUUGAAAAAUAAUUUCUCGUGAACGUACAUACAUGUAAUAUUUCAGUACUGCAUUGUAGUGUAAAUCACUAUGAACAUUCUGACAUUACAAUAAAAGUCAGGAUAAGUGAGAUUUAUAGAAUUAGAAAUAAGAUUUUAGAUGUUUAAAUUGUCCAUAGAGCGCCAUGACAUGUUUUUAAAGUAAUUUAUAACAAGCUUUUAGUAGGUUGU